CCACCCGUGCGCGACCACUCUCUCCUCUUCUCAAGGGUUAACGCCGCCUCCAUCUUCCCCAUCUCGCGGCUUCUAGGGUUUCUCUUUCUCCCUCACACACUUUUCUCACAUUUCUCCCCUCUAUUUCAGGUUUCGGAGUCAGUAGAGGACGAAUAAAUCGCAACAAUGAGCAAGUUGCAAAGUGAUGUUCUGAAGGAAGCAAUCUCCCAAGUCAUGGGUGACUCUCGGGAGAAGAAACGCAAAUUUACCGAAACCAUCGAGCUUCAGAUUGGGCUGAAAAACUACGACCCUCAAAAAGACAAGCGGUUCAGCGGGUCUGUGAAGCUGCCUCAUAUUCCUCGUCCCAAGAUGAAGGUCUGCAUGCUUGGUGAUGCCCAACAUGUUGAAGAGGCAGAGAAGAUUGGGCUUGAUUAUAUGGAUGUUGAGGGGCUAAAGAAGAUGAACAAGAACAAGAAGUUGGUCAAAAAGCUCGCAAAGAAGUACCAUGCUUUCUUAGCAUCAGAGGCCAUCAUCAAGCAGAUUCCGCGUCUUCUGGGACCUGGUCUCAACAAGGCAGGGAAAUUUCCGACCCUCGUAACUCAUCAGGAAUCUCUAGAGUCCAAAGUCAAUGAAACAAAAGCAACGGUGAAAUUCCAACUCAAGAAAGUUCUCUGCAUGGGUGUUGCUGUCGGUAACUGCGCAAUGGAGGAGAAGCAGAUUCAACAGAAUGUGCAACUCAGCGUCAAUUUCCUUGUCUCCUUGUUGAAGAAGAAUUGGCAAAAUGUGAGGUGUUUGUAUCUUAAGAGCACAAUGGGGAAGCCUUACCGGGUGUUCUAAGUUGUUGCUUGCUUAAGCUGGUACUUCUUGUGAGGGUCUUGAAAAACUGAUCUGGUGAGGAUUUAAGUUAAAUCCAUUUCUAUAUUGAAUUCUUGUUCAUUUAUUAUGUGAGACCUCCUGCAAUUUUGCACUAUGAACUCGAGACUAUUUUUCGAUGUUAUGUCUCAUGUGAUGUGGAGAAAUGCUUCUUUCUCUUUGUGUUGUUAGUAGUUUAGAUGGGAUUUUUGCCUCUUAUAUCUGUAUAAGGUUGCUACAGGUUUUAAUGUUACCCUCCUCCUGGGGCUUUUCCCGUGUCUUAA